AUGUCAUCGGCUCCUACCUCUAAGCCUGCUGAGUCGGCAAAAGAGGGAAAAGAGAUUCCAAGCGCAGUAAAUGCUGUUGAAGCAAGCAAAGAACCGGUAAAUCAAGCCGCAAUUGCCGGAGAAGAUGAAGAGGACGAAGAGGAUGAUGGAGAGGAAGAAGAUGGCAAUGAGCCAGAACAGGGCACAGAAGAGAAGAAGCUGACCUCGAAACAAAAGAAGAAAAAGAAGAGUAAAGCUGCUGCUAAAUUGAGAAAGAAGCUAGGUCUGGGCGCAGGUGAUGCAGGAGGCGCAGGUUCGUCAUCUGCUCCCGAAAAGAUGCUAACGGAUGACGAUGUCAAGAACUUGCAAGAUGCAAUCGCAAAAGAGCAAGGUCCACAAGCAGCUGCGAAAGCAGAUAGAGCAACAUUGGAAAAAUUGAUGAAAAUGAUGAAUUUGGAACGAACGGCAAUGCUGAAAGAUCAUGAUGCAAAACAGAAACAAUACAAAACAUUGGCAGAGCAUAAAUUCUGGAAAACGCAACCAGUCACAAAACCAACAGAUGCACCACUCCUAACAGAUGAUUCCGAAGGACCAAUUGAGCCCAAUGUCACUCGUGAUCAAGUUCGACAAGAACCUUACCCGCUUCCUAGCGAGUUCGAAUGGUCACCUAUCGAUAUCGAUGACUCUACCGAAUUGCGGGAAGUUUACGAUCUGUUGUCCGCAAAUUACGUUGAGGAUAUUGAUUCUAGCUUGAGGUUCAACUAUUCUCCCGAAUUCUUGAACUGGGUUUUGAAGCAUCCAGGUUAUCACAAGUCAUGGCAUGUCGGGGUUCGAGUCAAAAAUACCAGAAAGUUGGUCGCCUUCAUUUCCGCAAUCCCACACGAGUUGAGAGUGCGUGAACAAGCUUAUCCUUCUGCAGAGGUGAACUUCCUUUGCGUUCACAAGAAGCUAAGGAGUAAGAGACUGACCCCAGUUCUGAUCAAGGAAGUUACUCGUCAAUGCCAUCUCCUUGGCAUCUUCCAAGCAAUCUACACUGGUGGAAUCGUGAUCCCAACUCCGAUCGCUUGCGCUCGAUAUUACCAUCGCACGAUAAAUGCACAAAAAUUGUUGGACAUCGGUUUCAGCGGGCUCAGACCUGGCCAAAGUCGGGAAGCAUACAUCAGACAAUACUCGCUUCCCGACACGACGAAAGUGCCUGGAUUGCGGGAAAUAGAAGCAAAAGAUAUUCCCGCAGUGGGUAAACUUAUGAGACGAUACAUGAAAAGAUUUGAUAUGGCAGCGCGUUUCUCCGAUGAUGAAGUUGCGCAUCUCCUCUUGAGUGGAAAAGCUGGGGAAGGUCGGAAGCAGGUUACCUGGACGUAUGUUGUUGAGAACAACGGCAAGAUUACCGAUAUGAUUUCAUUUUAUAGCUUGCCAUCCUCAAUCUUGGACAGCGACAAACAUCAAAUCUUGGAAGCUGCGUAUCUUUUCUACUACGCUACAGAUGCCGCUUUUGAAGAAGCACCUACCGUCGCAGCCAAUGCAUCUUCAUCCACUUCCUCAUCGAAUCUUCACAAGACCCAUCUUAACAGUGCGGAACAAGAAGAUGAACAGAACAUUACGAAUUGGUUACACGAAAGCAAAGAAUCAAAAACCAAGUUAAAGCAAAGGCUGAACGAAUUGGUACACGACAUGCUUAUCUUGGCAAGGAACAACGGCUUUGAUGUUUUGAAUUGUUUAACCGUGAUGGAUAAUCCUUUGUUCCUGACUGAUCAAUUGUUUGGACCGGGAGAUGGAUUCUUGCGACAUUAUUUGUUUAAUUGGCGUAUUCGACCAAUUGCGGGAGGAAUGGGUGCUAGACCCGGAGAAGCGGAAUUGGAUCCAGUUGUGCAGUAUGCCAAAUUGAUGGCGGAAAAAGAAGCAAAGGCUUCCGGUGCUUCACUUAGCGAAGUCUCAUUGCGCCAAGCUCUAUACCCAGCCAUGACAGCGACGAGGAGGUCAUCACGAUUGAGUCAACCCUCAAAGCAGUCCAGUUCACCACGCAAAAGAGUCAAAGCGGAAGAUGAUGAUCGGAAUAUGCCAAUAACACCACCUGCGACACCUAACGGAAAAGUCAAGAAAGAAGAACAAUCUCCACGAACGCCUAAACGAGCAAAAAAAGAACCAAUGACAACAUCUGAACGAAAAUUAGCCUCGCUACGACAAAGUUUAGCAACGGAACCAUUCCCGCAAUGGAAUAAACCGAGUAAAGAAGAAGCAAGACAAGUUGCAGAAAUUUUAACCGAAGCACAUGGAUAUAAAACAAUACCUAAAAAGCAAUCUCCAAAAGGUGAUGAUCGUUAUGGAGGAUGUGGAGAUGUUUCAGACGUUUUAGACGCAACCGUUCGAACGAUUUUAAGCUGCAAUACAUCAGGUGCAAAUUCAAGAGCGGCUCAUAAGAGCUUAUGUGAUACUUUUGGAAAGUGUAAUUGGCAAGCGAUUCUAGAUGCAAAACAUGCUGAUGUAGCCGCUUCAAUUAAAUGUGGUGGCUUACAGGACAACAAAGCAAAAACUAUACAGGGUGUCUUAAAGCAGACAUUAGAAACACAUGGAAAACUCUCCCUUAACCACUUACACGGAGCAGAUGCUAGAACGGUUAUGGAAGAAUUAGUAUCAUUUAAUGGAGUAGGACCUAAAGUGGCUUCUUGUGUUGCAAUGUUUGCAUUAGGUUUAUCCGAGAUGGCCGUUGAUACACACGUUCAUAGACUUUGUCGGAAGUUAGGUUGGGUUCCCGACAAAGCUACAAGAGAUCAAACAUACUACCACUUGGCAGCUCGGAUUCCCGAUGAAUUAAAGUAUGCUUUACAUGUUCUAUUGAUUAAACAUGGAAAGGCAUGUGCAGCUUGUUCUGCAAGAGGAUUCGCAACGGAUCGUUAUGCUUCACCGGAAUGGGAAAAAGAGGGAAUGAGUGUUAUUUCGGGCAUCAAAAAGGAAGAUUGGGGAAAUGACGUCAAAGCAAAUACUGAUCAGAAGAAUAAGUAUGAAUCUGUAAAAUGCCCUCUUGCGCAAGCAGGCUUUUUUGGCAGAGGAAAAAGAUCGGUAAAAAAAGAGGAAGAGCCGGCAGUCAAAAAGGAAGAGGAAUCUUUUUUAAGCACCUCUGCCUUUUCGUCAUAGAACGGAUCUAUUAACUGUACAAAUAUUGAUAGAAUUUUAUCUCAUG